GUUUCCUUUUGCGCUGCCCAAGCCCUCUGUCUCUCUCUCUCUAUAUACAUAUAAAUAGUCUGCAGCAAGGAAAAAUACGAAAAAAAAAGUGGGAGUUAUCCUCAUCAUUCAUCAGACAUGGCUUCUUUUGAAAGCUUGUUCUCAAGACCCCCAAACCCAGCCCUUGACAAAAACAUGACAGACUCUGAGCAUGCAGGGGAUGAAAGGUCGAGUAAUAUUAUGUAUCUAUGUAUUCUAUCAUUGUGUCUAACUGUAUGGGGGGGAUUGAUAUGGGGGCAGGGGGGGGAGAAUGCAUGGUAUCCGGUCUAAGGUAAAGAAAGGUCUGUUGUAAAAAGAGAAAAAAAAAAAUGUGUUCUGUGUUGUGAUGGAAAAGAGCUGGAGAUGAUAAAAAAAAAAAGGCUCCGUGCAUUGUAAUGCUGUGAAUCAGGGCUGGCAAAGAGGGUAGAGGAUCCCAGCAGUAAUUGUAGAAUUACUACCCCUUUUGCUAGGUUGGCAGAGGAUCAUGGGAGUUGUAGUUCUAAAAGAACAGGAGAUUUAUUUUUUUUUUUUCCCUCUUGGCCAGCUCAUGCAGUAUUAUUUGUUGGAUAGGUCUUGCAUGCUUGCAGUGAUAUUUGCUGCACCCUCCCAGUACAUUCUAUCCUCUGCCUGUGCAUUCUAAUAGAUCCCAUGGUAGAACCCAGCCGAGAGAGCUCCUCCCCUGCUUGGUUCCUCCAAACUGUCCCAGAUUUAGGUUUAGCAUCACCUUACCACUGUUGCCCUACAAUUCACUACUUGACAAAAUGGCUGGAGCACUCUGAUCCUGCAGGGGCACCCCUUGGUUAAUCGCGUGUUGUCCGUUUUUUGUCUUACAUUUGAGGGAUAUUUGAAACCACCACAUCUGGGAACUCAUGCUCAUGAGUAUGACAUACUGCUGGGCAGUGUUAAUCUGGAGAGAAUGCUCAAAACCUAAAUAUAGGAGACCCAAUGUGCACGUCAAUGGACGCAAUGUGUGUCAAGUCCUUUAGUAGAAGCAUAGCUAGAAGUUGUUUGUUUUUUUUUAACAGUCAUGCAGACAGUCACUAGGGGCCUUGGACUAAGAUUCAAUAAUUGAAUCUAUUUUGAGUACGUAUGCCAGAUGUUGGAUGUGCAUCCACUGCAUUUCCAUGAGAAGCAUUAGAUUGGUGGAUCGCAGCAAUGUAUGUCCAGAAAACUUAUUUAUGAGAAGUCAUCAAUAUUGUUGAAUUCACCAUGGGAGGCUUGGGCUACAGUGAGGAAUUAGUCCUGGUGGUAGGACAACUGCAAGGUUAAUUGUUUUUAUUUUGAAGGAGAAAAAAUGGAGGCCGUGUAUUCUUAUAUAUUAACGGAACACUCCUAACACCAUAACUCCCCCAUAUGUAAGUUAAGUUGUCAGACAAUGGGGUUUACUGUGCACCGUUCUCCAAUUCUUUGCAGGACCCAAGAUUCAUAUUAGUCUAAAGUGGUUUGACUACUUACAUUUUAGACUGGAUACUCCUUCACCAUAACAGCUAUAGCACUGUGUAGUGGUUAUGGUGUUCUUUUAAAGGAACACUCCACACAAACAUGCCUGCAUUUUCUUUGUCAGUACAUGAAAAAACAACUUGCAAAAGCUCCAGCUAAGCUGUCCUGCAGCCUUUGCCACUUACAAGCCAUCCUUGAAACAAGCUUUCACUUUGUACUGGUGAAUUCAUCAAAAGUAGGUUUCUCAUUAAGAAGUCUCUGUGUUGGAGGCGCGAGCACGUACGUGAUUGCUUUCCAAUGCUUUUCAAUGAGCUGCCUUAAAGGGACACUAUAGUCACCAGAACAACUACAGCUUAUUGAAUUUGUUCUGGUGAGUAGAAUCAUUACCUUCAGGCUUUUUGCUGUAAACACUGUAUUUUCAGAGAAAAUGCAGUGUUUACAUUACAGCCUAGUGAUAACUUCACUGGCCACUCCUUAGAUGUCUGUUAGAGAUCCUUCCUGGGUCUUGGCUGCCUAAAAUGCAUCCAAACAUUCAGUGUCUCCUCCCUCUGCAUGCAGACACCGAACUUUUCCUCAUAGAGAUUCAGUGAUUCAAUUCAUCUUUAUGAGGAGAUAGUGAUUGGCCAGGGCUGUGUUUGAAUCAUGUUGGCUCUGCCCCUGAUCUGCCUCUUUGUCAGUCUCAGCCAAUCCUAUGGGGAAGCACUGUGAUUGGAUCAGGCUACCACUUCUGAUGAUGUCAGCAGACUGCUUGUUUUUUUUUUUUUGUUUUUUUUUAGGUAAACAGCAUGCAGAGUUACAGCUUCAGGCUUGAAUGUUGCUAUAUUUAUGGAGGCAUGAGGGGCCCAGGGGGCUAGAUAGUGGUGUUAACACUAUUAGGUCAGGAAUACAUGUUUGUGUUCCUGACCCUAUAGUGAUACUUUUAAAUAAGGGGGAAGACAGGCACGCUCUAGCACAUCUCUGUGGAACUAAAAGAAGCGGAAGAAAACAUCCCAGGGUGUUUCAAUGAUAGAAAGGGAGGUGUUUAUGCCCCAAUUUUAACAGUGACAAUUUCUAUUGAUCUUAGUUGAAACUGUUGGAAAUAUGUCAGUCUCCAAACACAUAAAGCACUUUAGCAAGUUAAAGCGCUGUACGUGCCUGGUGUGUUCCUUUAAAGGAACAAACACUAACUUACACUUUGCCCUGUGUGCUUCAAAAGGCAAACUGAAAGCCCUGAUACACAACGAUAAUUUUUCAUCAAAUCUAGGCAUCCUGUUGAAUACAUUUUAUGUUUUUGAUAGAACCUGGAUGGCCACUAUUGUAGACUUAAGUAUUUAGGUCUUUCAUCCCAUGCAGCUCCCUAAAUUAUGAGAUUCUUAUCCCAAGUUGCAAACCUGGGUUUCCAUUUUAUGUAUCACCUGUGAAACCGCAAGUUGUCUGCAGAGUUUGAGUCUACAAAUGUGGUUAUAAGGAUGGUCUCCUUUUAUCUGACAGCUAAAAUUGGCAUAAGUACACAUUUUUGAGGGGAAAACCUGUUUCUUUAGAUUUUCUGCAACUGUAAUGACAAUCAAAAACCUACAUUUUAUUUAUGAACCUCGCGUAAACUUAUCAUGAGGAACAAAUUUAAAGUAGUGAGCAUAUAAGGAUAAUCGCUCUUAAUCACUUUAUAGCAACUCAUGAAUUGCAUGCAUGUUUUGAGCAGUCAUCAGUCGUUUUCUUAAUGUGAUUUAUGAUCUCUAAAGCGUGGGGGUCAUAGUAUUUGUGCAAUCUAGGUGGUUAAAGGAACACUAGUGUUAGGAAUACAAACGUGGGACCCCGUUCUGCGGCGAAUAAAUGGUUAACCAUUUAUUUACUUACCUUAAUCCAGUGCCGGGCUCCCUUGGCACUGGUGACCUCUCCUCCUCCAGCAACUUCAACUUCUGAGUGGAGCCAAAUGCGCAUACGCGGCUACAGGAGCACGCGCGUUCAAACCCGCCCAUAGGAAAGCAUUACUCAGUGCUUUCCUAUGGGGAUCUUUUUUUGACGCUGGACUCCGUGAGGACGUCCGGCGUCAAAUAGGUGCGAUUUACUUCAUGUAAAUCGCGGAAGCGGCCUCUAGUGGCUGUCAGUGAGACCGCCACUAGAGGCUGGAUUAACCCUGCAGUGUAAACAUAGCAGUUUCUCUGAAAGUGCUUUGUUUUCAGCUGCAGGGUUAAAACUAGGGGUACCUGGCACCCAGACCACUUCAUUGAGCUGAAGUGGUCUGGCUGCCUAUAGUGGUCUUUUUAAACAGACAACGGUUUCAAACAUUUUGAUAGAUUUGCAAUAAAUAUUCAAUGGUUCUUGGGAUCGACCUGCAAUAUGGCCCUGACUGUGGAAUUCCUAGCUAAUGUUGGGAUAGUAAGUUAUACAUUGUCAAAUUACUCUACUGCUUACCCCUGUUGGAAGUGUGGAGAGAGAGAGAGGAGAUUGAUAUAUAUCAUUCAGUCCGGGAUUUAAUGGUGUACCAAGCUGUCCCUGCACACUAUAAUAACAGACAGCGUGUAAGGGUUCUUCUCAGUCUUGCAUAUUAUCAUAUCCAUUUCAGCACCGAGAACAAGGAGGCAGGAGAUCCCAUAAGCAUUCUCUGCUAUUGCAUUGUUCAUGGUCAGCCUUGCCAUUUGCAGAUGAUGAAAGAACUGCUGGGAGUUAGGUGUGCAAGUGCCAAAUUCUUACUGUGCAGAGGUGGGCUAAGAAAUUUGAGGGGCGAGUUUGGAGACUGUUGUGGGGAUGCAGUGUGUUAAUUUUGUCGACUAACAAGUUUAGUCGACUAAAAAAAUGAACAGCUUUUUAAUGAAGAUUAUGAAUAAAGAUAAAUUGAAAAUUGCUGCCAUAAUGAACACUGGUGACAACUGACUUUGAGAUACAAUCCAAAGAAUUUUGAAGUCUUGUUCCUAAAUCCUUUUAAUCUUGCUGUAUUGACAUGAGGUAACAAUUGUGGAUUUUUACAUAUUUUUAAAAAUGGUGCCUUGUUCUCCUCAUUGCAGGAAAUAUACUUGGUUGUCUACUUGUACGCUUUGAUGGGGAUUGAAUUUAAAAAGUGGGAAAUUGUCAACAAAAAGCUCAUUCUUUUGGGAACAAAUUCAUUGUAAUAAGGUUCGUUCUUAACCCCUUAAAGCACCACUAUAUGCACCCAGACCACUUCAGCUUAAUGAAGUGGUCUGGGUGCCAGGUCCAGCUACGUUUAAUCCUUUUUGCUGUAGAAACUGCUAUGUUUACCUAUGGGUUAAUCCAGCCUCUAGUGGCUGUCUCAUUGACAGCUACUAGAGGCACUUCCGCGCUUCUCACUGUGAUUUUUAUAGUGAGCAGAUGCCGGCGUCCAUAGGAAAGCAUUGAGAAUGCUUUCCUACGGACUGGCUAAAUGCGCACCCGGCUCUUGCCGUGCAUGUGCAUUCAGCCAGGGACGUCAGAAGAGGGAGGAGAGUCCCGGCGCUGGAAAAAAGGUAAGGGAUUAACCCCUUCCUCCUCCUUCAGUGCCACUGGAGUGGGACCCUGAGGGUUGGGGCACCCUCAGGGCACUAUAGUGCCAGGAAAACUAGUAUGUUUGUUUUCCUGGCACUAUAGUGGUCCUUUAAGGAUGGAGGAAAUUGUCCAUGUUCUGAACCAAAACAAAACCUAGAGUUUGAUUUGGAUAGCUGUUCAAUCAUAAGUUACCUCUUUCAUAUUAAUUGCACCCACACUUAUUUUAUAUCAUCUUGUUCUGGAGAAAUAGGGCUGUCAUUUCAUGUCACAUAUUUAUACAUGAAACAUAAUUUAACAACUUCAUCUAAAUGAAGUUGUUAUGGUUCCUGGAAGCCCACUUGUACACUCUUACCUUGAGGGAUUAAACUGUUCUCAAAUGGUUUAAUCACAGUUGUUGCUUCCAGGUCCCUCAUGCGGCAUCCAGCUUUUGAAUCUGUGUUACAGGUAGCGAGGAGUGCCGCUGAUUGUCUUGAGCGGUCAGCUGACACUCUAAGCCAAUCAGCAUCUCCCUAUUAAUAAAAACAAAACACGUCAAUGGGGAGCUACUGAGUGCCUUAGAGUGUCAGCAUAAUAAUCGCUUUUACUGCAAUAUAUAUUUUGUAUGCUGUGAUGUUUCAACAAUGCCCCCAUAUACAGGUUUCAUGGUGUUUUGGAAAAUUACACGGUCAAAAAUAGGGUUUGCCCAUUUUUGUUUUUACAAAUUGAAAUCUGCCAGAUUUAUUCUCUCUGCCUAUGUUGCCUUUGAGACUGUAUGACAGCCCAAGAAUGAGAUUACCCCAGGUAAUAUGGAGUAGAUCUAGACUUUUUUUUAGUAGCCACUUAGACACAAACCCUGGCCAAAGUUAGAGUUCAAAUUUGUUUUUUGCAUUUUUGGCACAAAAACUGAACUUUCACUGAGGAAUGAUAUCGUCAUUAUACAGUUUACUGCUCUAGAAAUACUAACAUUUGUGUUCAGUGAUGUCUCACAAGUGCAUCAGUUCCCUCAUGUACAGGUUUUUGGAGGUUUUAAAAAGUUGAAGAGUCAAAUAUCGGGCAUGCAAAUUAAAUUCUCUGUUCUGCCUGGCUUAACGUCAUAAAGAAGUUAAGGGCUUAAUUUUAAUAUUCUGUAACGUGUUUUCACAGAGAGGAUGGGGAACUGGAAGAUGGUGAAAUAGAUGAUGGAGGCUUUGAAGAAGAAAAAGAACCAAAAGCAAUUGAGUCUGAAAAGCCAGUCACUGAAAAAGUUCACAAAAAAUCUAAAAAGAGGAGGAAGAAAGAGAGAGAGAAGGAAAAAAAGAAAGAAAAACGUCGCAGACGUGAAAAACACAAGGUGAAUUUUUAUUUUAUUUAUUUAACUCAAGACUGUAACAUCUUUCUUGGAGAGUAGCUUGUAAUCUGACACUAAAGGGAACAUCAGUAUCUUGUACUUUUAAAAAUAGGCUUUAUUUAACAAUAUAUUUGGUUCUAAGGAUGCUUUUAAUUCGUUCAUUUAUUUUUUGUGACUGAGAGGAGGUUAAAGGGUUAUUAUAAACCUUUUAAAAGAGGGCACUGAUUUAAUUUCUCCCUAUUGUAGAGAACGUGCCCCUCACAAUUUACUGUAAUACAUAAAAAAUAAAAGGUUUUACUUACCUAAUAUACAGCGCAGGGUGAAGCUCCCGGCGUUGCUUUUUUAUGCCCCAUUCUAGUGUCAGUGGAUCUGCACACAGUCCAAUCAGUCUUCUCAUAGAGAAGGGGUGUUUUUCUUUUUUUUUUUUUUAAAUAAAAACACCAGUGUGCACGGAGGGAUGCGGGAUGGAGCACAGAGUGAAGGUGUGUGAAGGGAGAGCCAGGGCUACUGCAAGGAUUUUUGCCACCCUAGGCAAAGCCUCAUUUUACCGCCCCCAUUGGCUCUGCACUUGACUCUGCCCCCUCCUGCAGUGUGUGUAGUCGGAUGCAGGAGCAUGCGCAUAGUGGAUGAGAUGUAAGUGUAUAGUGGAUGCAGUGUGUGUUUAUAUGGUGAAUGCAGAUUGUAUUAUUAUUAUUAUUAUUGCCAUUUAUAUAGCGCCAACAGAUUCCGUAGCGCUUUACAAUAUUAUGAAAGGGGAUUUAACUAUAAAUAGGACAAUUACAAAUAAACUUACAGGAACAAUAGGUUGAAGAGGACCCUGCUCAAUCGAGCUUACAUUCUAUAGGAGGUGGGGUGUAAGACACAUUAGGACAGGAAUGUGCAAUCAAAUAAGGUGGGCUGCCCUUUAGGAGAGGGCAAGAGACGGGUAUGUGAGGUAGGGGUUAGUCUUGGAGGCCAUAAGCUUUCCUAAAGAGAUGGGUUUUAAGGCACUUCUUAAAAGAUGCAAGACUAGGGGAGAGUCGGAUGGCGGUAGGCAGGCUAUUCCAUAGGAAGGGAGCCGCCCGCGAGAAGUCCUGCAAGCGCGAGUUGGCCGUACGGGUGCGGACAACGGACAGGAGGUGGUCACGGGCAGAGCGGAGAGACCGAGAAGGGACAUACCUGUGGAUCAGUGAGGAGAUAUAAGAGGGGCUAGAGUUGUUCAGUGCUUUAUAGGUGUGAGUUAGUGCCUUGAAUUGACUCCUAUAGCACACAGGAAGCCAAUGUAAGGACUGGCAGAGGGGUGAGGUGUGAGAGAACCGACUAGAGAGGAAAAUCAGUCUAGCAGCAGCAUUCAUUACAGACUGUAGGGGUGCAGUACGGCUUUUGGGAAGACCAAGCAGGAGAGGGUUACAAUAAUCCAUGCGUGAAAUUAUUAGAGCAUGGACAAGCUCCUUGGUAGUAUCUGGUGCAAGAAAGGGGCGGAUGCGGGCUAUGUUUUUAAGAUGGAAUCUACAGGAUUUGGCAACAUGCUGGAUGUGAGGCUCAAAGGUGAGACCAGAGUCAAGUAUGACGCCAAGACAGCGCGCUUGCAAGGAUGGGCUGAUGUUAGUACCACAAACUUGAAGGGAGAGCGAAAGAGGAGGAUCAGUAUUAGGAGGAGGAAAGACAAGGAGCUCAGUUUUUGAGAGAUUGAGUUUCAGAAAGCGGGAGGACAUCCAGUCAGAGAUGGAAGAAAGGCAAGCAGUGACACGUUGCAGGACAGCAGGGGAGAGGUCCGGGGUGGAGAGAUAUAGCUGGGUGUCAUCAGCGUACAGGUGGUAGUGGAAACCAAAUGAGGUAAUAAGUUUGCCAAGAGAGGCAGUAUAAAGAGAAAAUAGAAGGGGACCAAGGACGGAGCCUUGGGGGACUCCAACCGAGGCAGGGCGAGGUGAGGAGGUAUCAUUAGAAAAAGAGACACUGAAUGAGCGUUGGGAGAGAUAAGAGGAAAACUACGAGAGGACAGAGUCACAGAGACCAAGCGAUUGCAGAGUUUGAAGGAGAGCAUGAUCAACGGUGUCAAAGGCCGCCGAGAGGUCAAGAAGAAUUAGUAUGGAGUAGUGGCCUUUGGAUUUUGCUGCGAUUAGGUCGUUAGUAACUUUGAUAAGGGCAGUCUCUGUAGAGUGGAGAGGGCGGAAGCCAGAUUGAAGGGGGUCAAGGAGAGAGUUGGAAUUGAGGAAAUGAGACACACGGGUAAAGACGAGUCUUUCCAGAAGCUUUGAGGAAAAAGGGAGCAGGGAUAUGGGACGGUAGUUAGAGGGGGUGGACGGGUCAAGGGAUGGUUUUUUUAGUAUAGGUACUACAGUGGCAUGUUUAAGGUCAGCAGGGACGAUGCCAGAAGAGAGCGAGCAGUUGAAGAUGUGUGUUAGAGAAGGCACGAGACAAGCGGAGAGAGAUCUGAUAAGGUGAGACGGGACAGGAUCGAGCGGGCAAGUGGUGGGGCGAGAGGAGCAAAGAAGAGCAGCCACCUCUUGGUCAGUGGCUGGGGAGAAUGUCUGAAGGGUAGGAAAGGCAUGAUCAAUGUGUGAUUGAGAAACAGAAAGGCAAGGAGGGGAGAAUUUUUUCCUUAGCUGUUCAAUGUUUGUGUAAUGGAUGCAGUGUCUGUGUAAUUGAUGCAGAGUGUUUGUGUAGUGUGUGUGUAAAGUGGCAGUAUAUAUAGUGCAAGGUGGUAGAGUGAAGUUAGAAGUGGCAGUGUGUAUAGUGCAAGGAGGUAUCGGAUUAUGAGUCAGGGUGAGAUGAGAGGAAGUGGUGCAACAUAGCAUGUGGUGAGAAGGGGCCCAGUCAGUACCAUCUUGUUUUUCCAGUUGCUUCUCACUGCAACUUUUGCAAGAACAGCCUGCGUGCCAUGCAGAGCAUUGCCAUAAUAACCUGUGAAAGGGGGUUGGUGUGACAGGGUUGGGGGUGAGUGCGAGAAAGGGUAAGUGACAAGAUUAGUGGAGGUGAGUGUGACAGAAUUGGGGGAGUCAAUGGAGUUUUGUAGGGAAUACAGUGUGUGAGAGGUGACAUUGUGCAGAGAGUGACAGGGAUGUAUUUGUGUGCAGUUUUAUUGGAAUGCUGAUAUAUAUGCACUGCCAUAUGCACACACACACAAAUACACAGGUACACAUCCACACAUAGACUGACACACAGGAGCACAAACUCAGAUAUACACACACGUUGAUGGGAGUUGGAGCCAGGCACCAGGCUUCCUCAGCACCUCUGCUAUCUGUAUGCUGCUGCUGCCUCCUACCCAUGCUGCUCCCUGUUAGCUGGCUGGGAGGAAGUGACCUCCCUACUAUCACUUCCUCCCAGCAGGCCGUGGGGGAACACACAGGGGCCAUGUUUAACGCCGGCAGCUGUGGAACACAGAGAAAGGGACUCCGCUGCGACCACAAGGUUUAAUAUGCAGCCGCCAGGAACACAAACAGGGAGCUGCAAUUAGAUUUAUGGUGCUCACUUAAAGGACCACUCUAGGCACCCAGACCACUUCAGCUUAAUGAAGUGGUCUGGGUGCCAGGUCCAGCUAGGAUUAACCCAUUUUUUUUAUAAACAUAGCGGUUUCAGAGAAACUGCUAUGUUUACAAAUGGGUUAAUCCUUCCUCCAAUUCCUCUAGCGGCUGUCUCAUUGACAGCCGCUAGAGGCGCUUGCGUGAUUCUCACUGUGAAAAUCAGUGAAAGCACGCAAGCGUCCAUAGGAAAGCAUUGUAAAUGCUUCAGCCGAAUGGGAGGAUCGGAGGAGGAGAGCUCCCCGCCCAGCGCUGGAAAAAGGUAAGUUUUUACCCCUUUCCUCUCCCCAGAGCCAGGCGGGAGGGGGACCCUGAGGGUGGGGGCACCCUCAGGGCACUAUAGUGCCAGGAAAACGAGUAUGUUUUCCUGGCACUAUAGUGGUCCUUUAAAUGCUCUUUUCAGUGCAGCGCUUGCGCUCCCCUCUUUUUAAUUUUUUAAAAUUUUAUUUAUUUAUUUUUUUUGUGCGGCUUGCCAGCACUGGGGGAAAAAGAAUUACCAACACCACGUGCAGCGGGCCUCGGCGCCCCUUCCAAAUGUGCACCCUAGGCCGGCGCCUUCUUCGCCUAUAGGUGGCGUCUGCCAUGGGGAGAGCUAGCUUCUUCUUACAGUCUCUGCCUGCACGGGAAAGAUUUUAAAGCCUGUUGAGAGUGUGCAGUGUGUGCUGAAAACGUGUAAUUUAUGCACAGAAUUGCCAGUCUGGAACAGCCCUCUGGGCUGGCAAUGUUAUGUGUGCUGGGGGUGCAACUUGCCCCAGCACACAAUUACUAAUAUUUUUGUAUGUGCAGUAUUUCAGGUAGAAACACUGCACAUACUGACUCUUACCACCAUGACCACUUCAAAUCACUGAAGUGGUCAGAGUAACCCUUUAAUGACUAAAAUAUGCCCUGUACUGUAAGCGGCGCUUUAUGUUUAUGUAAGGAUUCAAAAUUACAUCUCCAACUGCAUGGCUCUGCUGGCCUAAUAGGAUUAAAUGGACACUAAAGUCACCCAGACCACUUCAUUUUAAGAUUAUUAUUUUAUUUUAUUUUUUUGUAAAGCCUGAAUUUUUUUUUUUUAUUACAUUGGUUAAAACGUUAAAUGCGUGCCUGGGUAGUUGUGUUCACAAGGCUACCUAACUCUUGCAAAUGCACAUUUGGGUUUUCUUCCUUGCUGUCAUAAACAACAAACACUAGAUAAACUAGAUAAAAAAAUUCUUUACAGGUUGCCCAUCUGACAGUACACUUGCAGUUUUCAUGUAUUACUAGUUGUGCUGGAGUUAUUACGGAGUGUGGCUAUUCUACAAACUAAAUAAGUCUCUGGUAUAUUUGGUAUUUUCAUUCAUGUCUCUUAAUGAAUUAAAAGACUAGAUGAUCAUGUAAAAUGAAUUUCCGUGCAUCCCAUUUUGAGAUCCUUUAGAAGUAAAAUGAGCAGUAAAUGAGAUCUUCCAUUCAUUUAUGUUUUUCUAAAUUGAAAGUCACUGGUUUUGAGGAAAAUGCUUGUUCUUUUAUUGAUAAAUGGCUUAAAGAUGGUGGGCAGAAAAAAGUUGCUAGUAAAAUUUCAAGAUGAACAGAAGUUGUCAUUGGAGGACACUUGGUCAUCCUCGUUGUAAUUUGUAAAUGAAUAGCCUUACAAUGCAAAUAGUUUAUAUCCGUAUUUGCUUUAAUAACACAAAACUAGGUUAAGCUAAUGCACUCAGAGCAGGAUAAUGCAGAAGAUAAUUUGAUAAAUUGGUGAACUAGGCAGGCAAGUGGAAAAUUAGAUCCAAAGUUUGUAAUAAUAUGUGCAUUUCGGGAUGGGGUUCAAAUUGCAAGAUAUGAUAUGAUGAUAUUUUGUUAGGGAUAUAGUUAAAUGGCAAGGAGUUGAGAAUAAAUGUAAACAGAAUACCAGUAAGAUAUUCUGUAUUUAAAAAAAAAAAGUAUUCAUUUUUGUGGUUUAAGUCAAUGGUAAAAAUCUUCUUUUGUCAAACUAAAUUUGCAGUAAUAUAUUUUUAGUUUUGAAGGAUAUUACAGAACUUCUAAAAGUUCAGAGACUAGGGGGUAUGGCUGACUGAGCGAGCGGGCGCAUGAUUUUGUGGCUCUGGUCGUGGUAGCCCUAUAGCAGCAAUUCCCAAACCAGUCCUCAAGACCCACCAACAGUCCAGGUUUUUUUAGUAUCUCCAUUGUAUUAAAACGGGGAAAUACAUAAAUCGUGGACUGUUGGUGGGCCAUGAGGACUGGUUUGGGAACCACUGCCUAUAUCAUACAAUUGAGCAUCCAUCACGGUGAAUACUGACACAAUAACGGACAGACUAAUCACCGGAAUGUCGCAUAUGUUGCUCUCAAGACCGGGAGAAGCCCUUAGAUCCUUGACAGAGAAAACAGAGUCCCAGAAGAGAGCAAGAUAGGGCCUACUCGGCUGCUUUGUCUCUGACAUCUGAUUGAGCGUCAGAUUCAGAGACUCUACCAUCCUGUUCGGAAGAUUCCCCCAUCAUGGCGUGAAAAAUGCUGACUCUCUACUUCUUCACUACCUCUGCAAUACCUUACAAAAAGACUUUAAAAGGAUAGCGGCGAAGCUACAUAAAGACAUCGGUGCACUUGGGGUCCGAACUGACACACUUGAAGGGAAAACUGAUGAGUUGUGUAUUGCCCACAACAGACUGAUGGAGAAUCUGCAGACAAUGGAGGCCACUAAAACAGUUCUGAUGAUCAGAUUGGCAUACCUGGAUGACUGCUGAUGACGAAACAAUGUUCCAGAUUCGGGUACCCUGAAGAGCUACUUGAUUUCUUGCAGGAGCCAAAUUGCCUUUAAUAGCUGAGGAACAACUAGCCAUAGACCAAAAAAAUCUCCUGCAAUUCCACUGCUCUCAGGUCAAAGAGGCAGCUAUGGCUACAGCCCGAAAGCAAGUGACUUUUCCAGACCCAUACAGCACUGGGGGAAAAAGAAUUACCAACACCACGUGCAGCGGGCCUCGGCGCCCCUUCCAAAUGUGCACCCUAGGCCGGCGCCUUCUUCGCCUAUAGGUGGCGUCUGCCAUGGGGAGAGCUAGCUUCUUCUUACAGUCUCUGCCUGCACGGGAAAGAUUUUAAAGCCUGUUGAGAGUGUGCAGUGUGUGCUGAAAACGUGUAAUUUAUGCAAUUUAUUACAGACCUAUCCUUGGCCACGAUAGCAAGGAGACAUGAAUUUUCUGUCAUGAAAAUCCUAAGGCAUCAUAAAGUAGCCUAUCAAUGGGGCUUCCCUAUCCCUAAGAUAUUGGUGUGGAAUGAAGUCCUAAAGGCGAACACCCCAGAAGAUGGUGAAAGGGUCCUACGGUACUGGAAUCUGUCAGCCCCAACUAUGUUCCCAAGCAGAUUGGCAGAAAGUUCAACCGACUGUCCCUUAAUGGAGGCGGAAGAGAUCACUGAAGUGAACUUGCUGUUGGAAAGGCUAAGUUUUUGUGACAGAGCUCCUGUACUCUGACUGAGCACCUUGGCCCAGUCUGCUUCUUAGCCACUUGAAGUCGCUGAAGCUUGACUGGGGUCUCUCUGGAGCUCUUCUACCCGAUCAGGCUGCAGCUCUUCUUCCAGGCAGGGAUCGUCUGGAGCUCUGCUUAUAGUGCUUGCUAUAGCCUUUACAAAGGCACUUGCGGCUCUCAAGCCUAGUGUCUUGACUUAUCCCUGGGCUAGAAGGAUCCUUCAGUCAGCAAAAAGGUCCGAAGGCUCUAUCACUGGGAUCCCCAAAAAUCCACAUAGGACAAAAGUUCUAAUAGGAGCUAACAUACAAAGCUUUAUUUUGACUUGAGAUUAGCCCAUAUGAUUAUUACAUAAAGAUUGCGUGACUACACAAAAAAAAAAUACAAACUGUCAAAUCAUAGUAGAAAACAUAAUGUAACUUAUUAUAACACAAUGACAUAUUUAUAAAAGGGUGGGAAAGACCAGAAUUAGCAAUAUGCAAAUCUACCCGAACAUGCAAUUUAGCAAGCCUUGCUAUUCAGUUAGUGCAAAUUGCUGUUGCUAGAUCCUUGCAACCAACAGAUGGUGCUGUACAGGUUCCAUAGCCUAAUCCACCUAGUUAAUUGCAAGGAUUAGCAAGACAGGAGAGCAUACUGACAUUUAACCACAAUGUACACAGGGUGACUUAAACAUAGGAAUAGUUCAGGGCCCUACAUAAAAUGUCAGUAUGAAAUCUCAGUUGAUGGUGACUACCGUCACAGUUUUCUUGCCGCAACUUGUCCAGGGAACACUGGAGUUGACAACCUACACUCCCCUUCUGAGGUCUCCAACUAGCAACACCUCGUUAUAUUCAUAAGAGUUGAAAAUAUAUAUUUUAAAUCAAUAACAAGGGUUGAGGACAACAUGGGAGAUUUUAAGGGCGUGACAGAACACUCCUUGCAAUGUCUCUGGGGAAAAAUGGGACAACACCCUGUACCUAUAAUGGGCACAGGGUGACUAAAACUCAAGACCUAGAUAAAGUGUCCCUCUUCAGCCCCCAGUGAUGGUGACUACCGUCAUAAUAUCCAUGGGCCCACCUCCCUCCAGAGUGUUUGGCUCACAAAACUGUUAUUAAGGGUGCCCUGACUAAAUUGGCAACUCACAACAAAUGAGGAACGGAUCAGACUCAGUCUUCGCUCCUACAGAAGCUUGCAAAACUAAACUUUGCCUAGAUCUUCAGCUGUGCACUUGCAGUCUUUUGGUCUGUCGACAGCUCGAGAUCACAAGCUGAAUGAAUAAUGAAGUGUGUGAGGCAAGGCUACAAAGCUCAGGGUAACUGAGCAGGGUAUAUGCCUGUGGCCGUAUUGAAGACACCUCAAAAACUUCCAAAAUGGCAUAUUUAUUCUCUUCAGACGGCACUAGAUUGGCAAAUACAGUAGACUAACAUUUUAUGUCUCCCUAUACAACUUAGCUUCAGAGGCUGGGUUCCAACCACUCAAAGACACAAGUUCCUAGAUGCUAUUAGCCUCCCCUCUCCAAGGACCAAAAGGUGGCACUGGAUGUGUCAUUCACUUAGGAGUAGGAUUAUAAAGCCAUAUUCUCCAUGCCAUGCCACUAAGCUCCAGGCCCCACUGCUUCCCUUCACAAUAUAACAUGAAGUAUGCACUGCUUCUGACCCCACACCUAACUAAAUUAUUCAACCAUAUAUUAACAGAUGAAAUCCCUUCUGAAAUGCUUGAAGCACACAUAAUUAGCACUCAGACUUCUAAAAAUACAUAACUAAGAAGGCUACUAUAAAACGCCUAUCUAAGAGAAUAAAUAUGGGGAUUUAGUUCCCCAGACACAGUGUAAGAAAGGGUUGCUGUUUAAAACGGCAAGGGUGGAACUCACUCAAUGGAACAAGAUAUCUCUCUAAUUAGAAGAGUAUCUAGAAACCACUGGGAAGCAUUAUAUAAACUCCUUAUGAGAUGGUCUCUAGUGCCACAGAGAUUGGCACAUAUGUUUCCCCACACUUCUGCGCAGUGCUGGUGAUGCUCAUGGGAAUUGUGAUCUUUCUCACAUGUCUUCUGGUAUUGUCCGGUUCUUGCGGAGUUCUGGAGACAUUCUCUUAUUCAGACGCCCAUAAGUAUAGAUCUCCCUAUAACAUCUGACAUAUAUUUCUACUAGGAAUGUUCCCGACCAAUCUCAUGGGCCCAGCCAGGGCUAUUGCUCUGCAUGUUUUAAACUGUGGUAGACUACGCAUUGCAAGGCAGUGGAAGUUUGCAGCUCCAAAAUCCUUAUCAAUGGUGCUAGUCAUUGAAUACUUCAUACAUUUUAAAAAAGCAACGAUACAUAGAACCACGGGCAUACUUACCAAGCACUGGUUCACAACAUGGAAGCAAACCUAUACUAAAUUCACUGGUAGUAAAUGGAAAUAUGAACCAUUGGGGAUAUCCAACAUGAAUGCAACUUACACACUGCUAUGCACCUGAGGGCAUGUAUAUUUCUAGUUCUUUCUCUUGUCAACCUGGGGAACUGGGCACUGACUGUGUUGUAACUUUGAUACCUGAUUGUACAUUGAUACACAUUGCGGUUGUCGACGUUAUAUUUUUUCUUUUAUGCGUUACUGCAAAAGUUUAGAUACCAACUGCAAAAUGAACAAAGGGAGUGAAAAAUUGUAGUUACGAAGAAAGGAUCGAAAAGUUUGUCCAUAAUCUUGAAGAUAAGAUAGUUUGUUUACAGCAGAGAAAAAUACCCUUUUUUUUUUUUUUUUUAUGUAAACACAAUAAAGAUGUGGUAUUCCCCUAUUACAUGAUUCAGCAUUGUGGGUGGUUUUGUGUAUUUUUUUGUUUAUCUUCCAGUUUGAGGAACUCCCUAUAACCAUAUAAAUGAAUUUUUGUUUAUGGUUUGCCUCUGACACUUGCCCCCUUGCCUACACUGCCAUACUGAGUUGGUUGGAAUCCAGCAUUAUUCGAACCAAGACGAUUCUCAUGCGCUCAGUUCACAAAAGAAAAGAAGCCUUUUGUGAAAGGUGGUUAGAUGUGCAUUGCUCUGUGAGUACACAGCAGCCAGUCAGGAGAGUUUAGAUGUAUCAAAUAACAGUUGAUUCUUACCCAGGAUCACUCAAAAUGUUAGGAGGAUGAUGUCCGAGGCAAGUGAUAAAGGAAACAUUUUUUAUACAGUCUUCAAGUAAUAAACGAAAUUAGCUUGAUUUCACUUAUCUCCAAAACCUUCACUGUGCACACUAAUGUUUCUGGUUUUGUCACCUGCCUAAAAAUUAGUUUGGAAUUGUGAUGAAGCUCCUGUACUGUGACUGAGUACCUCCUCCUGGUCAUCUUCCUUGCUAUUACUGGGGACUUUGGAGUGACAGUCGCCAAAGCUUGACUAUGGUCUCUAAGGUCCUCCUCUACAGUAAUAGGCUGCAGUGAAUAUAGCGCCUGUAAAGCAGAGACUAUAAUUUUUCCCGCACACAUUAGACGAGUCUAAAUGUAAUGGAUAGAAUCACCUUUUUUGUGCAGAACACAGCUGUGUAUACACCGCAUUGGUGACUCUCCGUGUAGGGGUUUCGCCAUACAAUGAAAUGGACAGUACAAUUGUCUCUCCCGGCGCCACUCUGUCUGGGGACUCGUGUGUUAUUCCUUAACUGCACAAAAGUAUUACACAGUCUUUGGGUGGUACUUAUUGUGCUUUCCAUUUUCUUGUUUUUAUUUCUUUUUUAGUUUUGUUUUUUUAAUAAAAAUAUAUAUAGUUGCAAGAAAAAGUAUGUGAACCCUUUGGAAUGAUAUGGAUUUCUGCACAAAUUGAUCAUAAAAUGUGAUCUGAUCAUCAUCUAAGUCACAACAAUAGACGAUCAGUCUGAUUUAACUAAUAACACUCAAAGAAUGAAAUGUUGCCAUGUUUUUAUUGAACACACCAUGUAAACAUUCACAGUGCAGGUGGAAAACGUAUGUGAACCCCUAGACUAAUGACAUCUCCAAGAGCUAAUUGGAGUGAGAUGUCAGCCAACUGGAGUCCAAUCAAUGAGAUGAGAUUGGAGGUGUUGGUUACAGCUGCCCUGCCCUAUAAAAAACACACACCAGUUCUGGAUUUGCUUUUCACAAGAAGCAUUGCCUGAUGUGAAUGAUGCCUCGCACAAAAGAGCUCUCAGAAGACCUACGAUUAAGAAUUGUUGACUUGCAUAAAGCUGGAAAGGGUUAUAAAAGUAUCUCCAAAAGACUUGCUGUUCAUCAGUCCACGGUAAGACAAAUUGUCUAUAAAUGGAGAAAGUUCAGCACUGCUGCUACUCUCCCUAGGAGUGGCCGUCCUAUAAAGAUGACUGCAAGAGCACAGCGCAGACUGCUCAAUGAGGUGAAGAAGAAUCCUAGAGUGUCAGCUAAAGACUUACAAAAGUCACUGGCAAAUGCUAACAUCCCUGUUAGCGAAUCUACAAUACGUAAAACACUAAACAAGAAUGGAUUUCAUGGAGGAUACCACAGAGGAAGCCACUGCUGUCCAUACAAAACAUUGCUGCACGUUUACAGUUUGCACAAGAGCACCUGGAUGUUCCACAGCAGUACUGGCAAAAUAUUCUGUGGACAGAUGAAACCAAAGUUGAGUUGUUUGGAAGAAACACACAACACUAUGUGUGGUGGAAAAAAAGGCACAUCACACCAACAUCAAAACCUCAUCCCAGCUGGGAAGUAUGGUGGUGGGGGCAUCAUGGUUUGGGGCUGCUUUGCUGCGUCAGGGCCUGGACGGAUUGCUAUCAGUGAAGGAAAAAUUAAUUCCCAGGUUUAUCAAGACAUUUUUCUGGAGAACUUAAGGCCAUCUGUCUACCAGCUGAAGCUCAACAGUAGAUGGGUGUUGCAACAGGACAAUGACCCAAAGCAUAGAAGUAAAACAGAAUGGCUUAAACAGAAGAAAAUACGCCUUCUGAAGUGGCCCAGUCAGAGUCCUGACCUCAAUCCGAUUGAGAUGCUGUGGCAUGAGCUCAAGAAAGCAAUUCACACCCAAGACAUCCCAAGCAUUACUCCUGACCGUUGUGCACGUCUGAUCUGCAACUACAGGAAACGUUUGGUUGAAGUUAUUGCUGCCAAAGGAGGUUCAGCCAGUUAUUAAAUCCAUGGGUUUUUCCACCUGCACUGUGAAUGUUUACAUGGUGUGUUAAAUAAAAACAUGGCAACAUUUCAUUCUUUGUGUGUUAUUAGUUUAAGCAGCCUAUAAUUGUCUAUUGUUGUGACUUAGAUGAUGAUGAUCAGAUCACAUUUUAUGACCAAUUUGUGCAGAAAUCCAUAUCAUUCCCAAGUGUUCACAUACUUUUUCUUGCAACUGUGUGUGUGUGUGUGUGUGUAUAUAUGUAUAUGUGUGUAUAUAUAUAUAUAUAUAUAUAUAUAUAUAUAUUCACACUGAUACUGUCUGGGGACUUGAUUAUGUUAUCUCAGGGCUUCGCAAAUCCGAAUUUUGUCCUUGUGCCUGGGUGUUUGUCAGCCCAAUUCAGCAGAUCCAAAUGGCCGAGGGAGCAAGAAGGCAGUGAGGAGCAGAUAUUGCUCUGGUCCCUCGCAUGCGGUUUAGUGAUGCCGGGAUCUGGAAUAUGACAUCACUCCAUCCCCUGUGUCACUUAACUACUUACGAGAGAGCAGAGCAAGAGCUGCAGGAAGAUUACAGCAGUCACACUGGACCCUAGGGAAAGGAUCCAUUCUAGCUCUCCAAAAUAUAGGGAGGCUGGGUGGACUUAUUUUAAAAUAAAGAAUAACAAUUUUGUGAGUGUUUGCGAAAAUGUGUGUCUGUUUAAGUUACCAACCCCCUGUGAUCACAUGGGAAAGUUGUGGUUUUUUUUUUGUUGUUUGUUUUUAUACUCUCCUUUUUUUCUCCAUGCUGUGCAGCACUGGUCUAGGUAUCCCCUCAAGUAUCCAUCUGAGUGACACUAGAGGUGUUAGUAGGCAGUAAUGUAAACACUACCCUUUCUCUAAAAAGGCAGUGUUUACAUAAAAAUUACUACGAGGACAGAAUUUAUACACCAGAGCCACUACAUUAAGCUGUUCUGGUUUUAAUGAGUAUAGUGUCCCUUUAAGAAUUUUUGUUUUGUUAUUGAAAAUAAACCUUAGUUUUAAAACAAAAAAACUAGCUCCUAAGGAUUUCCAGAUCUUAAGGGCAGUCCUUUCCCCAGACGUCCGGGAACCCCUUUUUGAAGACCGGGACCAAGUCUUUGUCCUUCCCAUUAAAAUUCUUUAUGACCCUGUUCUACAUGACCACCUGCUAGAAAGUCUCACACACACUUUAAAAGACACUCUAAGAGAGCCACAUGCCAACACUUCCAUUUUGUAAAGAGACUUUCUCAAGGUUUUAUCCAUAUUUUUCUACUUGAGUUAAAUCUUAAGAUUGGCUUUCUGAGCCAAUUUUCCAAUCAAAAAACUGAUCAAUAUCCUAAUGCCGUAUUAUGUUAUAUGUACAUAAUUUGAUCCCUUGUUGAAAUCGAUUGAGUUACUUGUUAAAUUACUGGAGACCUUUGCGUCAUGUAUCACUGAAAUGUUCCCGUUCUCUAUCCUAGAAUUACAUGUUUCUCACUCGUUGUUUUCUCCCAUUAUCUUUAUUUGUUGUGGCUUCUGUUUCAGUGUGUUCUCUUGGUUGGUUUAUAUAUUGAUUUGCACUGACAUGUCGUUGUAUUGGCACUUCUAAUUGCAAACACAUGAUGCCAGGAAUGGAACACCAAGUAUGUACAGGCAUUUUGUGCACCCUUACUAGCGCAUAAAAAUCACGUUUGUGGGUUUUUACUACUGGGGUAAAUCAGUUUUUAUUUUCCAAGUGGUAUAUAAUUAUAAAAAAAUUUUUUUUUUUUUUUUUUUACAGCAUAAUUUUCCCGUCAGUGAUAACAGUUCAGACUACAGCUAUGAUUCUGACACUGAUCAUGCAGAAAGACCGCACAAAGAAUUGAUACACAAAGAUUUUGAUUCCAUGUUUGCUCAGGUAUGUUUAAACUGGUUUUAUUUCUAAAUCCUGUUUUUGGACUCAAAAGUAUCCAUCUUCUUAACCCAUUUGUGACUUUUUUCCCCUUGUUAAUGAAGUAAACCAUGUUUUAUACAUAUAAAACUCAGACGGGCUUGUUGGAUUAAUUUUUAUAUUUUAUUUUCCCUUAAUUAUAACUAUACUAGUUGCAUGCAUGUAUAUAUAAACCUCAAACAAAGUGAACAAAUUGGCGCUAAUAGUGUCUUCCCCCACUUAACUUUAAAAACUUAAAUGGCUUUUCUUUAUGUGAUGAAUUAAAGGGAUGAACACUGAAGAAAAAUAACGAUAAAGCCUCAUAAAAAAAAAAUGUAUUUUAUAAAGAAUCUAAUUCAUAAAUAAUAAAAUUGUAAAAUAUUUAUAAAAGGAUACAUGCGUAUUAAUUUUUAAAAAUCAACAUUUAGUCCCCCCAGUGCUUAGUGUUCAAUAUAAAUAUCCACCUCUCCAAUGUUUCCCCAUUUUCUGUAUGCAUAAAAAUCUAAGCCCACUAGAAUCCAGGUUAUGUUGUUUUUUAAAUAAUCAGACACACUAUGGAUAACUAACCCUGUUUUAGGGGAUUAAUUUGCUGAGAUUGGCAGAGGGAACCCUUCUAACUUUAUUAGUUGUGUUAGGAUUUGAGUUAGGUGCAAAUUGAUACUUGGCAAAGAUGUGCAUAGGGGGUAAUGUUGUACUCAGAAGAUGUUUCUAAGUACAGUUCAGUGAAUUGUUUUACAGUGGCAUACAUUUAAAAAAAAAGUUAUAAUGCAUAUGUAAGAAUUGUAAAAUAUACAUUAAUACCACAAACUUUGAAAAUAUAGCAUUUCAAUAAAACUUACCAUAUCAUGUGAGAGUGCCCAUAGUUUCCAUAUUGAUAUGCAUUUAUGGAGUAAUUGAGUUUGUCACUUAAAAAAAGCACCAUCAAAAACUGCACUGGUCAGGUUAUUAAUUAAGCCCUGUAUUUUUACAAAAACUUGACAUGGGUAUGCUAAGGGGGGUCAUUCUGUACUCAUAGCUGUGAACAAAUUACUGAUUGCAAUAUGCAUACUCGGUGGUGUUUACUCGUAACUGCAUGCAAUUAUGAGAUCAUUUGAACUGUUAAACUUAUACAUUACCCCAAAUUAAGACAUAGGCCCAUGAAAUCCAUAAUUUAAAAUCCUGCAAAUUUGGAAAUCUGCAAAAACCAAAAUAGUCAGAGAUGUAGACUCUUAUGUUACUGUACCUUCGCUUUACCUUUGCAGGAUAGGGACAAAGGCAUACGUUGGAGAUAGUUUUACUCCAGACAACUUCCCUCUCGUAAAUUAAGGGUUUAAUCGUAGACACACGUGAGAUUUACAAAAUGCCCAGCAAAGAUGAAAUGUGUGUAUGUAAAAUAAAUAAAUUAAAAAAACAUGCAUAACAAAUCGUUUUUACCACAAACUUUGACCUAAACUACUAAACAUGCUCGCACAUUAAGGGACAAUAUUCACCAUAUGAGAUACCCUGGAGUGUAUACUUUCACAAAUGGAUUGGACUAAUUUAAACAGUCAAACUGCUAUAAUGCCCCCCAAUAAAGCCCCAUCACAAUCCUAACUUUAAAAAAAUAGCACGGUUUCUCUUAAAUGGCACUGUAGCAUUACAGGAUAGUGGUCAAAGCAUACAUUGGGGGAUUGGUUUUUCCUCCGAAGAUGUACCUAAACACAAUAUGAUUGUGUAGGCCUAGCACACAUCAGGUUUAUAAAAUACAUUAAAAAAAAAAGAGACAUUUUAGUCAGGAAUGAUUAAAACUUGUUACAAAUCCGCUCAGCUUUUUAAAUUGUGAUAUUUGUGUUUUUGUGUGUGAAGUUUACUCAACAUUCCAUAUAUUUUUCUAUUGUAAAUCUAGUCUAUAUGUUUAACUUUGAACUGUUCCUGUCUGUAUGUUACAUAUGUAAAAUUUGCAAAAAGAAUAAAACAAACAAAAAAAACAAAGUACCCUUAAUUAAAUAGCCUGUCAUGUCUACUUUACAUAAAUAUAUAAUUUUGUGUGGCAAGUUUGUUUUCUGUGAUGGCUAAUAAACUUACAAUACAAACAUACCAACUUCUAAAGAUCGACUCACAUUGAAAAUGUAUUCUGUGACCAGUAACUACCAAAAAUAAAUUGAAAUCCUAGAUAGGUUCUGUAAAUCAGGAUGAAUACAUUUAUUUAUUUUGAAUAACGUUUGUUAACCCACUGAAGUGCCUCUCGGAUUAACUACGCAUAUUUUUUUUUUUUUAAAGGACAAGAAGGGCUUAAACAAAACAUUAUGUAGAAAUAAAAUGUUUAAAAAUGGGGGUAUGGAGGAAAACACAUUAAUUUUUCACAUUUUGUUUUAUACCUUUUACACAUCAAAUGCAAUUAAAUAAAAAGAACUUAAAGUAGAUUAAUAUAUCAGUCCUGAUUGUAAAAUACCUAAAGUAAUUAUAAUUGUACUGCAGCCAUCUACUGACUUUUUUUCAGUAUUACCGGAUGAUUUUCCUGUAUUACUGAAUGAAGCACGAUUUCGUGCUUUGACCAUUGCUAGGCAGCUGGCAAAGCCCAGCACCAAUCAUAGUUGUCUUAUGGACAUACAGGGAGACCCUCUAUUACUAUAAAACAGAUUUUUGUCUAUAUUCCAGUGGCAGGUAUACUCUCUUUUUAAGCUCCAAAUAAUGCAAAAAUACAGAUAAGCUGAAAAAUAAGUGAAAUGAUCUUACUUUGGAAAAUGUAAUUUGAAGGCCACGCAGUGCCAUUGCUCAGCCAUGGUGUUCUGAAUGAAUUUAAAGUGCUCUCUACCACGCUACUUCAGCUAAUUGGUCAAUCUGGCGUCUUCAAAACAUGACCCAAGCUUACAGAGUGGAGCCCUAGCUAUCGAGUGAUACCCGGAUCACCCCAGUUUUAGCAAGGAUAAAACCCUGCUUACACCAUGAUCUAACUAUAGACAUUUAGAAAACCGUGCAUGAUAUGUGUUGGUGCAAUAAAUGAGAACGAAGAACAUUGCAGUUGAACACACACACACGGCAAAAUGCCAAGAUUGCUCGUGUCCUUAAAGGGUUACUGAAGUCAUCUAGACCACUUUAUAUCAGUGAAGUGGUCUGGGUGCAGACCCCUCUCUCCCAGUACUGGAUGGGUUAAAAACCCUUUUGUCACUUACUUGAUUUCAUCUGCGCUAGGUUCGGCCCCUCCUCCACCAAUGGGGGUGGGGCCUAAUGCGCAUAGUGGCAAUCGCAUUAAGACUUCCCCAUAGGAUGGCACUGAACCAAUGCUUUCCUAUUGAGUUCUAGCUGACGCUGAAAGUCCUCAUGCAAAAAAGGAGUUUCAUUCAGGUCUUUUGUACUUCCAUGAUGUUAGAAUGGCUAUAACCUUUAUUAAUCAGCUGUUGAUUUGUUAAACUUAAAUGUACAAUGUGUAUUAUGCAUUUAGCAGUCUGCAUUUUUUUACAUCAUUUUUUUUGUUUGUUUGUUUGUUUUUUUUUCCUUUUUAAUAUAUAUAUUUAUGACUAUUUUUAUUUUAGCCUCCACCUUUUUUAGGAAACUACACGUCUCCUAAAGCAAAGAGGAAGAAGAUUAUGAAUGAGUAUGAUGAUUAUGGAAACUAUAGUGAUGACGACUAUAACGAUGAAGAGGAUGAUUUCGCUGAACAGCUUAAACACUAUCGACAAGCUAAGGAAAGUUCAAACACCUCUGAACCCCCUUUUAAGAACCCCUGUACAAAAGGAAUUCAGCAAGGUAACUGUUUAAUAAUUGGACCGUAAAACAGGAUUCUUUUUAAUUUUUUUUUUUUUUCCUUUUGAUCUUUCAAAAGUUAACAUAUAAAAGUGAAAUAAAUAGAAUAUAUUAAUGGCAAGGUUUAAGGUGUAUUUUUAGCUACAGGAGUAUGGAUUUCCACAAAUCGGACUUUGUAUAUCAAAUCGUAGUAAAUCUAAAAAAAAAUUUAAGAGCAGUGUAAAAUACAAACUUUAUACGCAUGCUAGUGUAAGGGAUGACUUUGUGCCACAAAUUAAAUGUAAUCGGUCUGUCAUAUGCACUUUAAAAAAACCAAACAUUUAUGAACACUUUAUUACACACUGAAGUAAUGGCAACUAGGAUACAGGGGAAGGUUAUCUCCACAGUGUGAAUAAAGGCCUACAGUACUGUAACGUGGAACAGCGCCAGGGAAUGAUUGCUAAAGGUGAAGUUUCAUAUAAAGGCAUUAUUAUACUGUAGUUCUUAUAUAGUGCUCUUAACCAGAGCACUUUACAAUUCAUGCAGAAAUAACUGGUACGUAUAUAAACGGGUUAAUUAGACAAACUGAAACAAAAGUAGAAGAUGGCCCUUGUUGUGAGUUGUUUAUUAUUUAUAAAGCGCCAACAAGUUCCGUAGUGUUGUACUAUGUGUGGACUAACAGACAAGUAUUUGUAACCAGAUGAGUUAGACACACAAGAACAGAGGGAUUGAGGGCCCUACUCAAUGAGCUUACAUGCUAGAGAGAGUGGGGUAAAGUGACACAAAAGGUAAGGCUAGGGUAGAAAAGUAGGUUGCUAGGAUAUUGUUCAUUGAGGGUUUAGUAUUUUGUUUUUAUGAGAGGAAUCGUUUCAGGAGGGAAAGCUGUUCAGUUUAAUAUGCUUUCCUAAACAAAUACAUUUUCAAAGAUAUUUUUUUUUUUUUAAGUAGUGGAGAUUGGGUGAAAGUGUAACCAAGAGGGGAAGAGCAUUCCAUAGGAAUGGUGCAGCCUUAGAGAAGUCUUUAACCCCUUAAGGACACAUGACAUGUGUGACAUGUCAUGAUUCCCUUUUAUUCCUGAAGUUUGGUACUUAAGGUGAGCCUCAGAGGUAGUAGUUCAAACAGAGGUUAGAUAUAGGUUUCCGGCAAAGCGUACGGGCCUAGACGGGACAUAUUUGUGUAUUUGUGAGGCUAAGUAGGUUGGAGCAGCAUUGUGUAGAGAUUUGUAGGCAAGAAUCAGGAUCUUAAAUUGAGUCCUAAAUCUUACGGGAAGCCAAUGUAGGGACUGACAUUGGGGGGAGGUGCGGGCAGAAAGAAAGAUGAUCCUUGCUGCAUUCAUUAUUGACUGUAACGGGGCAAGUUGGGAACACGUAAGACCACUGAGAAGCAAAUUACAGUAGUCAAGGCGAGAGAGGACAGCGACAUGGAGAAGCACCAUUGCCGUGUCAGGCGUUUAAUAGACAGAUGCACACGAUAUUUGUGUGAUGGAAGCGGCAGGAUUUGGCAAUUGAUUGGACAUGAGGGGUGAAGGAGAGGUCGGAGUCAAAGAGAACACCUUGGCAGCGAGCCUUAGAGGUAGAGCGGAUGGUAGCACCAUCGACUUGGAGGGACACAGACAAGGGAGUAGCAACCCUUGAGGGAGGGAAGACCAGAAGUUUUGUUUUGGACAGGUUCAGUUAAAGGAAAUGAGCAGCCAUCCAGAUGGAAAGAGCUCCAGGAGAGAGCGGUAUCUUGUAGACCGAGAUUACAGAGGAUGAGAAGAAGCUGUUGAUGAUCAACCGUGUCAAAAGCAGCAGAAAGGCCGAGGAGAAUAGGAUAGAGUAUUGGCCAUGGGAUUUUGCAGUGAUAAGAUCAUUGGAUAUUUUGGUCACAGCUGUUUCAACAGAGUGACGAGCGUGGAAUCCAGAUUUAAGCGGGUCAAGCAGAGAGUUUGAUUCAAGGAAGUCUGUCAAUCUCGCAUACACAACUCUCUCAAGGAUCUUGAAAACAAACGGCAGUAGUUGGACGGGGAAUUAGGGUCAAAGGUGGGCUUUUUCAGAAUCAGGGUUACGGUUACAUGUUUGAAGGGUAGAGAAAAUGUGCCAGAGGAGAGAUUUAAUUUUUUUAGUGAGGCAGAACAAGAGAAGGAGACAAAGUGCGUAUGAGAUACGAAGGAAUAGGAUCGAGGGAACAGAUGGUGGGGUGGGAGGAACAGAGCUGGGCAGAAACCUCUUCUACUGUAGCGGGUGCAAAUGAGCAUAAGACAGCUGAGGGAGUGUGAUUAGGGGAAAAGUUGGUAGUGGAUGGAGAGAGAUGGGAGAUCUCUUCCCUAAUUGCAGAAAUAUUCUCAGUGAAAUGAGUCGCAAAGUUUGUGGCUGUCAAGUUGGUAGGAGGCACGACCGGGCGCAGAAGGGAGUUAAAAGCAUGAAACAUUUUGGGCUUGCGGGAGAGUGUGGUUAUGAGUGUAUUGAAAUAGUUUCCUCUUUUGAAGAGGAAAGAGCCAGACUGUAGAAGUGCAGCAUAAAUUUAUAGUGGAGGAAGUUAGACACAGAGUGAGACUUUCUCCAGCAGCGUUCAGCAGUUCUGAAACAUUUGUGGAGGUAUUGGAUCAGCUUGGUGUGCCAGGGUUGUAAUUGGGGGCACUUAGUGCGUUUAAGUGUAGGAGGUGCCGUAGUGUCUAGUUGAGAGGCGAGAGUGGAGUUGGAGUGGGUGAAAGGAGACUUUGGAGGUUGGUGGAGAAUUGCUGUAGGUCAAGACAAUGGAGGUUUCUGCCAGACUAAUAUGGUGAGGGUGGUGUACUUUGGGUACGGGGUAUGCGGAUGUCAAUGGACAGCAGAUGGUGGUCAGGUAGAAGAAAAGGAACAUUGGAGAGAUUAGAGGUGGUAUGGAGAUUGGUGAAUAUGAGGUCAAAAGUGUUUCCUGCUCGAUGAGUGGAUGAAUUAGACCACUGUGUGAGUCCAAUGGAGGAGGUUCUAGAGAGGCAUCAUGGCAGUUAGGGUUGUUGAUUGUUUACAAUCUAGAAAGGAAUUGUACAUUGAGACCGUGAUUGUCAUUGGUGAAGGAUCAUUCUCAGAAUGGUAGGCACUAUAUGCUAAAUAAGACAAAGUAGUUUGCUGACUGAAAUCUGAAGACUCCUGGAAGAGUUGAUGCCAAGUGUAAGCCAGCUUAGCUCUUUUUGCUAUAUUUUGAAGACCAAUAUUAACACAGAUCUAAUUUCUUGAUUACUAGUGUCAUCUUAUAUAUUUUUAAAGGAUGUUAUUCUGUAUUGUUCCUGGUCAAACUGAAUUUGCUUUUUAAUUAUUUUUAAAUGUCCUUAAUACUCUAAGAGUGUCUUAAAUGGUGCCAUAUGUUAAAUGUAGUGAUUUAUUAUUUUAGGACUUGAUCAGCAAGGUAAGGGCUUUUAUUAUGGGAGAGGUCGUGGUGCACAGAAGAAGAUGAAUAUGAAGGAUCGUGGAAGAGGAAGAGGUGCUCAUAAGGGACCAAACACUUACUAUCAAGAUGGAUUUCAAGAGGUGGGCAAACUGGCCUUUAAAUGCUGAAGAAACAUUAUGUUUUUAUUUAGGCAUCACCACCGGUUCAAAGCAAAUUAUUAUUUUUUUUUAUAUAUUUAACUCUGUGGACAAGAUCAGUCUUAAAGCACGGCCAUCUUGUUAAAGAUACAUUUUUUUUUAAUUUUUUUUUAAAGGCGCAGCCAUCUUGUUCAGGCUGCUCCUACAUCACUGCUGUACUCUUUUGCAUGCGUUCGACUGCAGCAUGGAGGUAUAUGCAGGAUCCCAUGAGACUGUGCGAUACUCCAUAGACUCAGCCAAUUCCCUGCAGCCAUCACUAGUGACUGCUGUUGGGAUUGACACUUAGACUCCAAGUCUAAGAAAGUCAGGUGGAUCUCUUGACUGGUUGAAAUUUCAGUGAUUCUAUCUUUUUGAAAUGCUCCUUUUUUUUCAUAGAUGGGGUGACAGUGCUGCUUUUAACUAUUAAUAUUAAAAUUAUUUAAAAAAAUGUUUUGGCCUUUCCUGUGUCCUCUUUUAGAUAGUUUGAAUGAUUAAUGCCCCAUAAUAGUGUAAGUGGGGGUUGUCUUUAGCCACAAUACUAGGUUUGUUCAUGGUACUGGUUUUAUUUGGCAAAAAAACUGUGAGCCAUGAAGACUGAAAUAAGACCUAAUUAAAAGAGCAGUACAAAAGACGUUUGGUGGUGAUGAAUGUACAAUAAAUAAAUACUUUUGUCUUAAAGUUUGCUUGUUCAAGUUUGCCUUGGCCAAAAAAGUUUCUUACCAGUUGUCUUUAGUAUCUGACAGCCAUUACUCAUGAAGAUUGAUGAGUGUGUGGAAAGGAACAGAACUAGACGGUAGGAAGUGUCAGAGUGAAGGGGGAAAUUAAAGGGGCAAUGAAUUUGUGUGAGAGAAAAUAUAACAUAUAAGAUCCAGUGCACUCGGGAUCUUGUAUAUAAUAUAUGUAUUUUCAGGUGAGUGCAGCCUCUUUUGUUUUUGCCCCCAGUUUUCCUGAGCUGAACUCAAAGAUCUAAGACUUUGUCUAUGUACACAAAAGGCCAAUUUCUCUCAAAUAUUGUUCAUAAAUCUGUGUUAGUGAGCACUUCUCCUUUACUGAGAUAUGCCACACCUGUGAGGUGGAUGUAUUAUCAAGAUGCUUAUUAGACAGCAUGAUUAUUGCAAAGGUGUGCCUUAGGCUGGCCACAAUAAAAGGCCACUCUAAUGCAAUAAAAGUGUUGCCUUUAUAAUUUUGUUCAGUGUAUAUAAUAUUAAAAAAUAUAUGUAUAUGUACCCUAAAUUUAGAGAUGUGUUUUGGUACCUAACUCCUCUAUUUCUAUUUUUUUAUUAUAGGACAAUAAACCUGUUAAAAAAUGGGUUACUAUGAGUCAAGAGUUUAUUAAUCAGCAUACAGUGGAACACAAGGGAAAACAAAUCUGCAAAUACUUCUUGGAGAAGAGGUGUAUUAAGGUAAACUAAUAAUAUGAAUUGUGUUACUAGCCUAGGCCAAAACACAAGAUAUCAAAGGGUGAUUUGUGUAUAUGUAUGUAUGUAUGUAUAUAUAUAUUGGCUUCAAUACACAAAUACAUUAACAUAGUACAGCCAUCUGAACCUCACCACUACUGUUCCAGUUAUUUUGGAGAUUUUUGUUGUUUAGGUCUGUGAUGAGACAUAUGCAUUGUGAAAUACAUAGACUAUUUACAAGUGAUAUUCCUCUCUCAACAUAUGGGACUUUCUCUAAAAUCUUUUCUUCUCAUCACAGACCUAAACAACAAAAAUCUCCAAAAUAACUGGAACAGUAGUGGUGAGGUUCAGAUGGCUGUACUAUGUUAAUGUAUUUGUGUAUUGAAGCCAAUUACAGGCCAGUCACUAAAAUUCUUUAUUUACAUAAACCAUUGCUUGAGUCAGGUUGACGAUGACUGUUGUCCUUGUAUCCUGAGACUUGUUUUGGAUGCUAUGAUGUAUAUUUUCUAGUUGAAAAUGUGAGUGGACCAAUAAUGCACACUGGACACCCUGUAUACUAACUUACUAAGCUCAUGCCUAUGUUUUCUUAAUUGCUAGCAAUAUUUAAUUUUAAAAUGUAUUGCAGUUUAGUUAUCCAUUAAAACAAAUCAAGGGAAAAUAAAUGAAAAUAAAUAGUAGAGCCAGUAUGUAAAUAGAAAUGGAGACAGAUUACUAGAGAUUUAUAAUGGGGAAUGGGGGGUAACCCCUGAUUGAUAAGUUUAAAAAACAGAGAAAAAGAAAAAAAAAUCUCAGAUUGUAAUCUGCCUAAGGGAGAGCAAGCAAAUUCUUAAGAUUUAACUUUUAAUUCUGGGUGGUCUGGGUACUCGUUAUAACUGAGAGAGAGUAGAAUUUGGGUUAAGGGGUGCCCUCGAAGGCACAGUUGCCUCCACUUAUAGGCGAACAGGUUUCUUACACUACUCCUUAGUCUACACAUAUGAACUACACAUCUCUCCUUUGUCUGAUAAGCGAUAGGAGCUGCAGGAAUAUACCAAAAGAUAUAUAGGUAUUUAACCGAAAUAUAGUGUAAUAACAGGGACCAUACUGCAGUUCACUCCUAUUUUACAAACUGUAUCAUGAUCUAUUUCUCUAGACCAUAGCCCUCUACAGAUUUACACAUCCUAUCUGUUUUCACUAUAUGUUUUUACUAUUUUUGCUAUACACUUUAUACUUAUUUUUUAACUUACUAUAUUAAAAUAUUAAGUCUUAAUAGGAAUUUGCUUGCUCUCCCUGAGAUUUUUGUUUUCUUUUUCUCCAUUUUUUUGAAUCCAUUAAAACAAAUACCCAUAUUGGUUAUUUGUGUCCAUCUAUUAAAUGUAAUGAUUUAUUGCAUUUGCUGAUCAUUUAAUUGGGGCAAACAAUCGCUAAACUUAUAAUCAUUAAUUACAUAGUUACAAAGCUGAAAAGAAACUUGCAUCAAUCAAGUUCAGCCUUCCUCAUGUUUGUUUUUGCUGUUGCUCCAAAAGAAGGCAAAAAAACCCAGUUUGAAGCACUUCCAAUUUUGCAACAAACUAGGAAAAAAUUCCUUCUUGUCCCCAGAAUGGCAGUCAGAUUAAUCCUUGGAUCAAGAAGCUAUUACCCUACAUUGAAAAAUUAUAUAAUUGAAUAUUCCCUUUUUGCAAGUAUUAAUGGCUAUCAUAUCCAAACCAUUGUCUCAGCAGUCUGGUGGAAAUACUGUAUUCUGUAUGCUUGGCUGUGCUACUUAGUCUGGUCCCACCAUGAUUAGCCAGUUGAAGGUUUAGUACAUACAUGACCCCCUAAAGUAGUAUAAAAUAGUAGUAACCACCAUUAUUUCUGUAUAAAAUCGGUUCUAGCUAUUUAUAUAGCCUGCAUAAUUGUACUCUUUUACUUUGUUUUCCAUCACUGUAGUUUUAAUUCUUUCAUAACACUUUAUGUAAAUUUUUUAAAACCUAUCAAACACAUUGCACUUCUAAAUCUUGUCACAUUGAAAAAAAAAAACACAGCAACCUAUUGCUAUCGAUUUUAAACGUUUGGCUUGGUUACUUGGGGGGAAAUCCGUAACACCUACUCCCUGAAUCCAGGAAGUUUUAGGUUUCGGGGUUAUUCACAAGGUGAGAAUUGAAAGUAAAUUUCAAGCAUUCUCAAAGUCGGUUAUGCUUCCAGUUUGGCUACUUUGGCCUUAAAUUUGAAAUUCACUUCGAGUUCUUACUUUAGUCCCGCCUGAUAGACAGAACCACCUGUAGCAGUAUUUUGCCUAGAAAGACAUUUUUUUUUUCAUCUGUACACAUAAACUCCUUUUUAUUAAGCAGGUUUGUUUAGUGCUUUAGAGCAUUCCUUACCAAACUUUCCCACCUCAAAUACUCCUUGUAUGGUGAGUGCAGCAUGCUCUGGGUCCCUAACAAACUGCAAGGAAGGACACACACGCCCAUGGUGUUAUUAGACCUGAAACUAGUAGCUGUGGGAUUGAUUGUUCGCGUUACACUAUACGCGAACUAUGCAGUACCAAGGUAUCUGUCUGAUCACAUUAGGUUUCCUUUGGAGUUUUUAUAUAGGACUUUAUUUCACAAGUUGUUUUUCUAUUAUUUUGUAUUUUUGUCAUAGUUGUGACUGGAUACAUUUUUUUUUUUUAUUUACCGGUUGCAACUAUUACUACUGUCUUAGUGAAAAUAUAAGGACAUGUGAUAUUAACUGCAUUAUACCAUUUCUGAUAUUCUUUAUAGAUAUGGUAUACUUAGGGGGUAAUGGAUUUGAAUUUGUUGCUGUGGCAAAAUUUACCAGAACAAUGUAUUGGUUUAUUCUUUUUGGGGGGUUUUCGAUCAAACUGUGCGUACAGGGUAUUCCACUUUACACACAGAAGUGUUUUGGAUGUUUGUUAAAAACUCCUAAAUCCAUUCUAAUUUAAAGGACCACUAUAGGCACCCAGACCACUUCAGCUUAAUGAAGUGGUCUGGGUGCCAUGUCCAGCUAGGUUUAACCCUUUUUUCUGUGAACAUAGCAGUUUCAUAGAAACUGCUAUGUUUACCUAUGGUUUAAUCCAGCCUCUAGUGGCUAUCUCAUUGACAGCCGCUAGAGGCACUUCCGCGAUCACAGUGAGAAGACGCCAGCGUCCAUAGGAAAGCAUUGAGAAUGCUUUCCUAUGGACUGGCUGAAUGCGUGCGCGGCUCUUGCCGCGCAUGCGCAUUCAGCGGGUGACGUCAGAAGAGGGAGGAGAGUCUCAGCGCCAUGGAAGUGGGACCCUGAGGGGGUGGGGGCACCCUCAGGGCACUAUAGUGCCAGGAAAACGAGUAUGUUUUCCUGGCACCAUAGUGGUCCUUUAAGACUGUGAAAGUUUUAUGGUUGGCAAAUGUCAUGGCAUUGCAGUGCUGCAACAGCUGGGGCCCAGGACUGCUAUUUAACAAAAAAAUGUUUACAGGUGUUUUAAUCCUCUUCUCUUUCUCCAGGGAGACCAGUGUAAAUUUGAUCACGACGCAGAAAUUGAAAAGAAAAAAGAAAUCUGCAAGUUUUAUAUAUUGGGAUACUGUACCAAAGGAGAGAACUGCCUUUACAUGCACAAUAUCCUUUUACUAGAGUUCCUAUGUUCGAUUGUUAAUUUAAUGAAAUUGAAACACCCUAUUCAAGCCCUUAGGAAUAAAUGCUUUAUUCUAAAAUGGCUGCUUUUAUCUGUAGCAGCUUUAAUGAAAUGAAUACAACUUGCUCUUUGCUGGUAAAGCUCUAAGUAUAUACUGGUUAGGCACAGUAGUAAUUGGAAACAAAAUAUUGUUUUGAAUAUUUUUAUUGUAUGCAUAACAUAAGUUCAUACGUCAAACUGAUUUGUAAUAAAGCAAGUGAUUGCCCACGCAGGGGCUUAAGCAUUGGUUUAGCACAGUAUAUACCUUUGGUUGCCUGCGCAGAGGCAGAUCCGUCUUAGCCUGUUUAGCUUAACUUUUUUUUUUUAUUAUUAUUAUUUAUUCACAGUCAGUUGCUUUGUGCUCUAUACGUUUAUGUACUGUGUAGCCUUUGUAGUUCGGUUGGAGCGUUAAAUAAGUGUAUUGUGUUAGCUGGUGUGUGCAAGUGUUGUGUGUUUGCUGGUUAGGAGAUGCAGAAUUGUCGCCUGUGCUGAGGCAGGUUAAUCCGCUUGCUAGUUAGAUGCGGUCAUUAAGCAAUAAUCAAAAAUAUAGAAGCUUUUCCAACUUUAAACAUAAGGAGCAUAUUUGUUUUUAGGCAGCUGUGCAUUAAUAUAUAAUAUGUGUUUGGACCUCAUCAUGUAGUUGUUGUGCUCGGUAGGUCCCUGCGUGUUUUGCGUGUGUUAGAAGUUUUUGGCUUUCUGUUGUGUCUGUUAGGGUCUGCAUGUAUUAUUGAGUUUGUUUAUUUUCUCCAUUGUUAUCGUAAUGCAUUCGCAGGUAACAUCAGUGCGAGUAUUGAGGUAUUGGUUGCCCGCGCAGGGGCAUACGUUUUCCAUACAGACAUUUGUGAGCUUUUUGUCGCCUACGCAGAGGCUGGUUGGUUAUUGCCUGCUUGAUACAGUAUAUAGGUAUCGAUUUGUUUGCUUGCUGUGUUUAUCUGUGUGAGGAAACAAAAUAUUGGUCAAGGAAAUAGAGCAACAUUUUUAAAUAUUAAAUAUUACCUUUCAUGAAAACCAAGAUGGGCACCUUAUGACCAGAUUAUCUACAUUUUGUUUGCCAUUAAAAGGGAGUAUUUAGAAUUUCCCUUUAAAGGGAUACUUUAUGCACCAACAAAACUUUAGCAUAAUUAAGCAGAUUUUGUGUAUAAAUUAUGCCCCUGCCGUUCCACUAUUCCAUUUUGUCAUUUAGCAAUUAAAUCACUAGCCACACCCCCAAUGACUUGUACAGCCAGAAUGAAAAAGAAUUGUUUCAUUUUCCAUCAAAGUGUGUUCACUUUAGAAGUUUUAACUCCUGCUCUGGUAAGUAAACUGUAAUCACGCAAUGAGGCUACUGCAGGUUUUUGCAUACUAUUAAUAGAUCAGAAGAUAAGAAAUUCUACAUUAAACACAAUGCGCAAUAAAGAAAAUUUUAAACAUGUUAUCCCUAUUUAUAGAUAAAACAGAACAGGUAAAUAGAAAGUAGUGCAACAGAACGUGCAGGCAUCCCUAUUUAUAGGAAAUAUGUAGUGAGACUGUGCAGGUCACAUGUAAGGGAAAUGUGACUAAGGGUUCAUAAAAUGAAUUAAUUGAUAAAUGGCAGAGAAUUGAGCAGUGAGAUUGCAGGGGCAUGAUCUAUGCACAAAAAAAACCCUCUCCUUUAAACUAAAGUUGUUUUGGUGCCUGUAGUGUCCUUUUUAUGUUUAAUAUUGAUAUUUUCUAAAUAUAGGCUCUGUCACUGCUAGUAUGUAUUGGUACAGCUUUACUACACUGUAGUGAUUGGACUCCUGGAUAGGGCAUACUCUCUCAAUAUAGCGUUAGCCUUCAAGAACCUGAAAGUUGUCCUAAGCAUACUCCACACAUGAGUGCAGCAUUUGCUAUGUGUCUGUAAUGAGCAAAAACAAGCUUCUGAGUAUCAGAGCCUUUUGUCCUGUUUUACAAAUGGUUAUGGGUUGCUAUGGUUUCUUAAAUCCUUAAUGGCUAUAUACAUGAAUUUCCAUGCAAGUUUUACCAUACAGGAGUGAAAUGCUACCAAGGAGAUAACUGCAAGUUUUCACAUGAGCAAUUGACUGACGACAUGAGGGAAUUAUUGCAUAAGGUAAUCUUUUAAUGUUUACUGCUCUGGUGGAACUAGCAUCUGACAUGAAAAGUAACAUAAUAGCAUUUAUCUUGCUUAUUAAUGUUUUGUGCAUUUAUCACUUAUGUCCAAUUGUAAACUAUUAUAUAUAUAUAUAUAUAUAUAUAUAUAUAUAUAUAUAUAUAUAUAUUCUAAACUGAACAAAAUGCUGUAAACCUUUUAAAGGCCCAAGAAUCGUUACAUUAAGCUGCAGUGGUUCUGGUGUUUUAAAGUGCCUGCCCCUAUAGUCUCAGCAGUGAUUACAUUGCUACCUAAUGCCACCCGUAGUGGCUUUCACUCUUGACAGACCCAAGAUGUGCUUCCUGGUUGUGUAAUUAAUAAUGAAAUAAAAAAAGUAGCCCUAACAUCACUCUUAACUUUUUUUGUUUUCCUAACGUAUGUGUUCCUUUUAAGCAUUUUGGUAUUUUUAUUAAGUAAUCCGUAUAAGCACUUCUUUAAUUGCUAAUAAAAUCCAGUUAUGUUUAAUAUAUGCCUUUUAUAUAUUUUAAUGCAGCAUUUAAAAAUGGAAGAAGAGCCACAGCAUGAAGAAGAAAACGACAUGGACAACAUGCGACGACAUGGGUAGGUGCCUUUUUAUUUCCAGUAAUGCUACAACCUAAUUUUCUCUUGGGAGCGAUAUUCCAAUAUAUCCAGUAUAUAAUUCGUAUAUAUGGUGGAUGUAUCCAGUAUAUCUUUUUACAAGUGGAAAUUAUUUGUACAGCAUAAUUUGCCUGUAUGGGCUUCUGUUGCCACUCUGCACUCUUAAAGUAAGCCACAGAAAAUUAACUUACUGCUACAGUGCAAAUGUCAUUGGGCAAUAUAUAGGAUGCAAACAAACUCAGUGUUUUAUUAAACCCAUGUACUUAAGUUGCUUCAAUGACAAACACCGACAUGAUGUUCAAAAUGCAGGUAUGUGUGCACCCUGGUUUAGGAUUUACAAAAGCCUUCAACAAGUAACGUUUCAGCUAACAUCAUACCGGUUUACAAUAAUUGAUUCCCUAUCCAGUCAUCAAGCCACAACAGCAGCUGAGGAUUUAGGGAUUUUCAAAUUCUUUUCCACUGAGGACACUGACAAACAAGGACAUUCGGUAUUCCUUCAGGAACUGGAUUGGCAACCACUGUUGUAAGGUCUUCUCUAUAGAUGGAUAAAAUGUACAUAAUGUAAAAAGGAACUUUCAUAAUUUAACUGGCGAUGUCUGUUUUCGUUUAUUUCAAUAAACGCUUAAGUAAUUGAAGUGAGGUGUGCGGUGCAAAGAGGUGAAAGAUACAUUUUCCACCACCGCACAUCUGGGUGUUGGCUUCCAGUACAAGUUUGCUGUGAUGGAAUGCCAGGAUCAUGGUAUACCAGUUAUUUACUUGGUAUGGCAAGCCGAAUCUUCACGGACUUACAUGUAAUGUAAAUCUAAGUGAAGGAAGAACAUAGAUAUGUAUGAAUGUGUGUGUAAUGUCAGCAAAAGGUCCUGGAGGCAUCAUAAUAAACCAGAAGCCAAAGCUCUAGAGUGGUUUUAGAAUGUUUUCAUAACCCUGAGAUGACAUGAUUGUACCUUUUUAUAAAUGCUUCUUUGGUUUGUAUUAUAGCUAAUGCUACACUGUUUGCACUGUAGGGCAGCUACUUCUAUUAUUGGUUGCUGUCCUAAAUUCAGCCCAUUUGGAGAUACUUUAGAGGAGAGAAUUGUACCGCACAAUGUCAGUCACAUCAUGCAUUACAUUUUUUUAAUAUUUUUGUAUGAUGGAAUCCACUUUGCAGCAAAGGACUUGAAAACAUUAUCUUGUCGUAUUUUACGGUUUUAAUAUAAAAUAAAGGUUAAUGUAGGAUGACGGGCUAAAACUGAAAAAUAUCUUUAAUAUCUCCUGUAUUUUGUCACUUUCAUGCAGAGCAAAGUUUUACAACUCUCCAUACAUGGGAAUGCAAUUCCAAGGCAAUCCCCCAUCAAUGUACAACUCUGAACCACUUCCAGAACCACCAUCCAAUGUUUUGCCUGUGACUACAAGUCCACCAAUACAAACUGCUGCUGGGUAUUGUAGCCCAAAUAUGCCUGUAAUGAAUGCACCAUUUGGUACUUCUGGAAUGCCAGGCCAUAUGGGAAACAACCACAGAGAUGGUCACAGUUUGCCAGGCCCUCCCUUUCUUCAGAAUGCAGAUGACACACAUCAUGUUAUGCAAUCUCAGAACAGCUAUCAGACUAUGCAGAAUCAACCUGCAUUCUAUGAUAACUAUUAUUCACAGCAAGCCGUUCAUAAUGUUCAACCUUCGAACCCUGCUGAAUGUAAGUAGUGUUGUGGUUUUUUUUUUGGUUUUUUUUUGUUUUGUUUUAUAAAUCUAAGAAGCUGUGAGGCAUUUUUUUUUCUUCUUUAUUAAAUCUCUGGUGCGUAGACUAAAUUCUGUGCAAGUCGGUCCUGAAACUUUAAGAGCUGAGCUGUGAGCGAGUUCAUACACAAGCGGCACUGUUCCCUGCAUGGUUGCUUUGAGUUCAUGCAUGCACAGUGCUCUAAGAUAGGUUCAAAGCAGGGUGCUCCCAACAUAGCUUCUUCAGGUUCAACAGGUUGACUUCCAUGGAACGAGUUCUUCCUCAUGAAUUGGGAAGACUGGUAAAAUAUGGGUGCCAGCCCUGUAUUAGAAAAUUGUAAACAUCUGAAAGAUUUGCAGGGACAGCUUCUACAGCAUCAUAACCAGUACAACCUUGGUUGUGUUAACAGACUUUUUUGAAAUUACAUAACAUGUUCCAUAUUUACACCAGUAUCACGUGUCUUAUGCUGAAGAUAUGGGCAUCAUUCUGUUAGAAAUUGCUCUUCCUUAGAGUAACUAAAUCUCUCUAUUUGUUUUGUUUUUUUCCUCAAAUAAAAUCCAGUUAAGAAUGCAUGUACCAUGUAAAUGCUUGCACAAGGUUAGAUGAGCAAAUCUGGAGUGUCAUUGGUGCAUAAUUAUACACCACACAGUCUAUGGUGGUCAAAAAAAUGAAUUUGUGUAGGGCAGUGAACCUUGAGUGAAUAAUAAUUUGUGUUAUAAUCUUCCAAUGUAACUUUAUUUAUUUUUUCCCUUCCUUCUUCUUUCAGCAAUGCAUAAUGUUUUAUUUUCAAGAAUUGGAAAAAAUCUUGACAUGGGAGAAGCUAAUAUGAAUCCACUGCCAAGGUCUACAAGCAAGGAGGAAGGUAUGUGUCACUUAUUUGCAUCUCUAGACUUUUAACAUUUUCUUCAUGAAGGGAAUUUUGUUUUGUAACUGAACCUGUAGUAUGUUGUAAAGGUUUAUAAAUUAAGUGAGAUGCAAAGUACGUAAAGAAUUUGCUUUUAAAGGUUUUAUAUAUUAGGCGUUAAAUUUCCUAAGGGGAACAAGUAAGGAUUGGUUACCUUGGUUUUUAUUAUGCACUUUAUAGAUAAUGCAUUAAAAUGGGGAAAGAAAAUAGAAAGUAUAGUUGCUCUCCACCAAAAUUGUGCAUCAGCAAAGCUUAAAUAGAUAUUCUGCAGUUAGGGACAGACCCCUCUGUGAUCAGGAAAGUCUUCUCUAAUUAAGAACCUCUAAUUCUGAUCCGGGGUCUUAAUCUUAACUCAUAAACUCCUCUCCAGCAUGUGUUUUUGAGAAGUUGUUUAUCCGUUAGCUGCAGCUCCACAGAAUGAGUUUAGCUUCUCUGUACAUUGAUAGCAGCUACGCAGGGCACAAAAAAUCCCUGGUCACCAUUCGGACUAGGAAUUUUUUCCUGACGUCUGGGUGUUUGUCAGCCCGGUCAGUGGCUGUGGAAUCAGCAACCACACGGUGGAGGUGGACGGUGAGGUUGAUGUAAUCUUCCUCUGCUCCCUCGUGCACGCGGCAAUGAUGCCUGAAGACGGAAUACAACAUCACUCCGGUCCGGGCAUCAAUAAACAGCAUGCAAGAUAGCAGAGCAAGAAGAGUUUGAAAAUUUCAGCAGCCGCAAAGGUGGGGAGGCUAGGUGGACCAAAACUAAAAUAAAAAUGUUAUAAUUUGUAUAUAAGAAAAUGUGUGUGAAUGUAUCAGUAUCCAUGUGGUGUGUCUGUCUGUCAGCUUUAAAUCCUUUAAAAACCAUGGAUUCUUCUUAUUGAGGCUUCAAUAUCUUAUAGGGUAUUGUUUUUUGUGGUUUAGUGUUUUGAAGUUUUUUUGUGUUUUUUUUGUUUGUUUUGAUAAUCUGACUUUUUAUUUUUUUCAGAUGAUAUUGCAAACUGGUACACAAGCAGUGAGGAAGAAGAUGGGAGCGGUGUGUCUUCAAUCUUAAAAACAUUACGAAAUCAAGCAAAACUUGCAAGAAAUAAUUCAACUGAACAGCAAGUUAGUGCUCCACAAUUUGAUCCCAGACUAGCAAAAGAUAGGGUUACAGGAAUGCAAACUACUGAUCCCAGAAUAAAACCCCCUCAAACACAAAAUCUUAGGAGUCCUGGAGAAACCGUUAGCACUGAUCCAAGAGUUGUCCGUGACCCUAGAAAAAUUAAACCUGUUGAGAUCUCACCAUGUAGUAGUAGUAGUAGUGUGAGAUCUGAUACUCCUCUUGCACAACCUGCAGGAAAAGUAAAGCAGAAAGGAGUUGAUGACGAGGAAGAAGAUUUAGAAAGAGAACUGAGGGAGAAAGCUGUUCUAAUACCUUUAGAAAUGCCACCUGGCAUAAGUUUAAGAGACCCCCGAUGUAAACUUCGACAAUUUAGUCACAUUAAAAUGGAUAUUUUACUGGCCAAGCCAAACUUUGCAAAACUGAUUGUGUGGGCACCUGAAGAUUUAUUACCAGUACCGCCACCUAAACCAGAUCCGGUUUCAUCCAUCAACUUACCAUUGCCUCCACUUAUAGCCGACCAAAGGCUUAAUAAAUCAAGAAAUCUAGCAAGUGAAUUGCAUCACUCUGCUGUCGAUCCAAGAUUAGAACGGCAAGAUCCAAGACUAGAAACAAAAGUUAAGCAGGCAGGUGUCCCUGUUAGAAGUAGUUUUCCAGAACAAACAGAAUCACAUGUUAUCAGUAACAAACUGGGGGAUCCUCGGCUGCAAAAAAAUCUUAAUAUGAGGCUUCACAGAACAUCCAGCACAGAUAGCCAACCUGGUAUUCUGAAAGAUUCUGCUUCAGUGAAAGUAUAUACUCACGGGGCUGCUCGAUCAGGAACUGGUUUGUCACCACCACCUGUUCCAAUUAAAUCUGAACAUGAGUUCCCCAGCUUACCUCCUUAUGCCUCCAAACUGUCUUCUUCAAAUGUUCGAGUAGGAGCUCCAGUCUCCAUCCUGAAAAAUAUCAGUUUGUAUGAUCCAAGGGAUAAUACACCUAAUUUAGAUUCUGGUCCAGUCAGUGCAGGAGAAAAUGGCGAUUACCAGAAAACCACUGUACAUUCUGACAAGCCGUGCAAAAAUGAUGCUGAACAGAUAGACAAUUUGCAACAAUGUAAAGAUGUCGAAGUACCAUUGCAAUCAAACACCCAGAUUUCAGAGGAAAGUAAAGAAAAAGAAUCUGAUGAUGCAACUGAAAAAAUAGUUCCUGCACCGCCUGUCCUAUCACAAGCAGCCACCACACCAGCAGUUCAUAACCUGCCAAUUCAGGCUUUAACUGGACUCAUGCGAUCACAUUACAAUGAGCCAAGGCAAGUAAAAACAGGACAGACAAAUCAAGUGCAAGCUGACAAUGCAGACGUGGAGCCAGAAGACAAGUCCUUAAAAGAGGUCUUUAAGACAUUUGACCCCACAGCUUCACCGUUUUGUUAGCGUUGCUUAAGUAGCUUGGGUACAUUCGAUUUUUAUUUUUUAUUUUUUUCUUGCUAGUCUGGAGCAGGCUCACUUCUGUAUUUUUAUUAUUUAUUUGUAAAUUAUAAACAAACACCUGUAAGCUGCUACACCUCAUUUUGAAAUGCAUACAGAUGUAUGUUAUGCUGAUUGCAAAUCUGUGGUAUUUUACCAACCUUGUGUAUUUUGGUAGUUGUGUUAAAAAACAAGAUGUAGAUUACAUAAAGCACUUUCAUUGUACAUAGAACAUAAUGCGACAAUAGACAAGUGUGUGCUUGUAUUAUAUUUCAAUGUAUAUAUGUGUAUAUAUAGAUAUUGGUGUGUAUGUGUGUUUAUAUAUUAUUCUAAACUGUCUUUGUUCAUUAUCUUUAUUGAUAAAUGUUUACACAUUUGUAUGGCUAUAUGGUAUUAAGCAAUAUUGUGUAAAUUAUGGAUAAGAACAUCAAUAGCAAAUGCAGGAAGUAUGGGGAACUAACUUUAACAACAGAAGUGUAUAAUAAGCUAGCUUUAAGCUUGCAUUUCAGACAAAUCUAAUCUUUAAACGAUUAUUUACUAAAGUAUAGAUUUAAAGAGAAUUUACAAUUUUAAGGCUUGAUGGCCAAGCUGAAAAAUAUCUGAGAAUUUUUCCAGUUGCUUUAUUUUGACCUUAAAUUAAAAAUCAUUUUGCAUUCUCAUUUUCCAAAACAACACUUUAGUGUCAGUCACAUUUCAUUGCUGUUGAUAAAUGUAAUGUAUAAACAGAUCACAUUCAUGUAUUCUUGUAGUUUAAAUUAUGUUUUAAAUCAUUUUUAUCAAGCACUGUACAUAGAAUAAAGGCAUAGAACAGAACUCUAGAAUAUUAAUGUACAAUAAACAUGAAUUGUCCAAACAUUUUCUUUAACCUUUUCACGUCAAGGGUUAGUUGGAACCAUAAUUAUAUGGGCAGUCCUGAUAUCUUUAAGGGUCUAAUUAUCCUUCCCCGCCCCCCUACACACAGGAACACAGUUACUAGCUAGUACUGUAGUUUACUUGAUGGUGUCACUGUAUUGCAUGAUGAUUUUGUACUCCCCUAUUUUUUUUUGUUCAUGUAAUUUCAGUACAUGUAUUGUUUAUACCAUUUUAACUAAAUAUUUAAAAAAUACAAAAACAUUGCAGUUCUGUUUUUAGUACACAUGUACUAUAAUGCUAUGCUUUAGUGGUAUGAUUAUAUUGCGUAUCCUCUUCUUCCCAUUGUAUUAAGAAUCUAUUAAAUAUAAAAAAGAAUUAAAAUAGAUCCUACUUGAGUUGUGGGAAUAAUGGAUAUUUUUGAACAAUAUGGAAUGUGUAAAGAGGUGGGUAUGAAGCUGCAGGCUCACCAGUUAUAAUAAUUAUUAAAGGACCACUCUAGGCACCCAGACCACUUCAGCUUAAUGAAGUGGUCUGGGUGCCAGGUCCAGCUAGGAUUAACCCAUUUUUUAAAUAAACGAAACUGCUAUGUUUACAAACGGGUUAAUCCUUCCUCCAAUUCCUCUAGCGGCUGUCUCAUUGACAGCCGCUAGAGGCGCUUGCGUGAUUCUCACUGUGAAAAUCACAGUGAGAGCACGCAAGCGUCCAUAGGAAAGCAUUGUAAAUGCUUUCCCAUGCGACCGGCUGAAUGCGCGCGCAGCUCUUGCCGCGCAUGUGCAUUCAGCCGAAUGGGAGGAACAGAGGAGGAGAGCUCCCCGCCAGGCGCUGGAAAAGGGUACGUUUUUACCCCUUUCCUCUCCCCAGAGCCGGGCGGGUGGGGGCACCCUCAGGGCACUGUAGUGCCAGGAAAACAAGUAUGUUUUCCUGGCACUACAGUGGUCCUUUAAGCUGGCCUGCAAAGCAUAUUUAAAAUGGAUACUCUGGGCACCAAUACAUCUUUAAUGCAUCUGAUUUGGUCUCACUAAUAUGCUGUAUUUUUUUGCAUGUUCAAAUUGUUAUAGUUUUUGCACACAAAAAAGUAAUGGUUUUUCAGAAUGUGGCAACAUAAUCCUGCCUCCUUAGCCACACCCUUCCUUAGUCUUCCUUAUGAAAUAUAUGUACAUAAAUCUGUCACUAACAGCACUGAACAAUCUGCAUUGCAAAACAAAAGCAUUAGGAGAGUAGUUUUUAAUAAUAUUCACUCCAACCCAGACCUAAACAAAUGUUAAAGGGACACUAUACUCACCAGAACUACAGCUUAAUGUAGUUGUUCUGGUGAGUAUAAUAGUUCCCUUCAGGCUUUUUUUCAUGAAAACACUACCUUUUCAGAGAAAAUGCAGUGUUUACAUUGCUUCUAGGGACACCUCCAAGUGGCCACCCCUUAGAUGGCCACUGGUGGGGCUUCCUGGGUCAAUGCUGCUGAAAAAGCAGCCCUGACGUUCAGCAUCCCCACGCUCUGCAUGGAGACGCUGAAUUUUCUUCAAAGAGAUGCAUUGAUUCAAUGCAUCUCUAUGAGGAGGUCCUGACUGGAAAAAUGGCAUUUGGUCCCACCCUAUGCCGAUUUUCGCCAAUCCAAUGAUUUCCCAUUGGAUUGACUAAAAAUCGGUUGUUUUGAUUUCACAAAGGGGGCGGAGCCAGUGCCUGUGGACCCACACGGCGCUGGAAAUAAGGUGAGUUUUAAACUUUUAUAGCGGGGCUAAGGAAGGGCAAGGCACCUAAAUUGUGGGUUAAACACUUUAGGGUCAGGAAUACAUGUUUGUGUUCCUGACCCUACAGUGUUCUUUUAACCCCAUGUCUUUUUAAUAGGGUCAUUUACUAAAGUAAGAAUUCAAAGUGAAUUUCACAAUUUAAUGCCAGAGUAACCAAACUGAAAGCAUAGUUAAUCUAGAGAAUUUUUCCAGUUUGGUUACUUAAGCUUAAAUUUAAAAUUCACUCUGAAUUCCUAACAAUUCUCCCUUUAGUGAAUAACUCUAUAAUAUAUCACUAAAUGACUUGUCUAAAUCACGGUUUACAGGCUGUUCCUACUUUUGCAGUUACCUAUAACUGACAACUGUGUACGAUCUGAUCAAUGCCUUUUGUUUUGUUUAAUAUUGUGCUAGAGUACUGCCUUUCUAUAAAUUGAGCAAAAUCUUCUCUGGACUAUGGAAACUAGUCUACUUUGCCAAACAAUCUUUGCGGUGAAAAUACAUCUCAGUAUCUAAGUCUGAUGUGUAGUAUUGGUAUCAUUUUAAAUGGACACACCAAAAAUACUGCAUUUUAACAUGUCUAUUACAUGUAUCCAUAUUUAAGUCGAUUGUCGGGCCUUUAAGAACCAGCUAAUGGUUUUCACACUGUAAAAUACUACUCUCCGAAUCGUCCCAUAAUACCAGAUCUGGUGUCAAUCUAUAAUACACACAAGAAAAAGAUCACACCACGCUGAGCUUUGUGAGAGAGGGAGACUCCCACACCAAAAUAUUCGUUUCUGCUUGUUUUCAUUUCACACCUUGCAUUGGCAUUCAUCAAAGUUGUGCUUUUGUUUUGUUUUUUUAAUCCUAGUCCCUAAAUUGCAGUGAAAGUCUUUGGAAGUCAAACUUCUAACACUUUUUGCUUGAUUGUCGAUAACACAUGUUUGUUAAAUAGAAUAUCACAUUGAAUUUAAAGUGGUUAAAUGUAAUGCAAAAUAUUGUGGCUUCCUUAAACUUGGUGCUUUAUGGACCACGUGAAGGAUAAAGUCCUACAUGUUUAAAUAUUUUAAAUUUUUUAAAUGAAUACUGGACAUGCUUUCAAGUAAAUACAGUUUCAAGGCAAGUUUCUUGCAUUUUAUUGAAGGAGACAUGUAAGGAAAGUGCCAAGUAGUCGUUAAUGCUAGGCAAAUGUUAUGAAAAACAUUAACACUAUAAAAGAAAAGAUUACUACAUAGUCAGGUAGCAUGGAUUGUUGUAUGUAAAACAAUGAGUGGAAUCUGUGUUUCCUAAAGCUGCAUACAUAUGUAAAAUUAAAGUUCACAUAUUGAAGCUUGAAAACUCUUUACUUCUUUCACCCAGUUUCUUUCGUAAAUAAGAACAGAAAACCGCAACAUCUGCCUCUUCUUUAUUACAUGCUGG